GGAGGGUAUGAAAGUGAGCCGGUGCAGAUCCAGUCAUAGUCCUGUUGGAAAAUUCCCAUUUUUAGAGACUUAAAUGUCUAUUAAAAUGCAACAUAUAUAACCCGAUGUGUGAAUAACCGUCGCCGCUUUGAGCUUCAAACUGUCAGACAUCCCUCACAAAUACAGAUGGACCAGUCGGCAAAGUCGUAUAUGUUUGCCAGUCUGACGCGUCCACACUCCGAGCAACUCCUGCAGGGUCUACAGCUCCUGCGACAGGACCAUGAGCUCUGUGACAUCGUACUGCGCGUGGGUGAUGCCAAGAUUCACGCCCACAAAGUGGUGUUGGCCAGUAUCAGCCCGUAUUUCAAAGCCAUGUUCACGGGAAACCUGUCGGAGAAAGAGACCUCAGAGGUGGAAUUCCAGUGCGUGGACGAAGCCGCUCUUAAGGCCAUCGUGGAGUAUGCGUACACGGGAACCGUGUUUAUCUCACAGGAGACGGUGGAGUCUCUGCUCCCCGCCGCGAACCUCCUACAGGUUAAACUGGUGCUGAAAGAGUGUUGCAGCUUUCUGGAGAGUCAGCUGGACGCAGGGAACUGCAUCGGCAUUUCACGGUUCGCUGAAACCUACGGCUGUCACGAUCUCUGUCUAGCAGCCACUAAAUUUAUCUGUCAGAACUUCGAGGAGGUGUGUCAGACAGAAGAAUUCUUUGAACUGACGCGGACUGAGCUGGACGAGAUUGUGUCAAACGACUGCCUGAACGUGGUGACGGAGGAGACGGUCUUCUACGCGCUGGAGUCCUGGAUCAAAUACGACCCGGCGGAGCGGCAGCAGUAUCUGGCGCAGCUCCUGCACUGCGUGCGACUGCCGCUGCUGAGCGUAAAGUUCCUGACACGGCUCUACGAGGCCAAUCACCUGAUCCGUGACGAUCACGCCUGCAAACAUCUGCUCAAUGAAGCCCUCAAAUACCACUUUCUGCCUGAGCACCGCCUCUCUUACCAGACCGUGCUGUCUACACGCCCGCGCUGCGCUCCUAAAGUCCUGCUGGCGGUGGGAGGAAAAGCCGGUCUCUUUGCCACCCUGGAAAGUAUGGAGAUGUACUUCCCACAGACGGACUCGUGGAUCGGUCUGGCUCCUCUUACGGUUCCACGUUACGAGUUUGGAGUGGCGGUUCUGGAGCAGAAGGUUUACGUGGUGGGCGGGAUCGCCACACACAUGCGUCAGGGUAUCAGUUACCGGCGACACGAGAGCAGCGUGGAGAGAUGGGACCCUGACAGUAACACGUGGUCCAGCGUGGAGCGGAUGGCCGAAUGCCGGAGCACUCUGGGUGUGGUGGUGCUGGCUGGGGACCUGUACGCUCUGGGGGGAUAUGACGGUCAGUAUUACCUUCAGUCUGUGGAGAGAUACGUGCCCAAAGUAAAGGAGUGGCAACCUGUGGCGCCCAUGACCAAAUCGCGCAGCUGUUUCGCCACGGCUGUGCUGGACGGGAUGAUUUAUGCCAUCGGCGGCUACGGCCCUGCGCAUAUGAACAGUGUGGAGAGAUACGAUCCAAGCAAAGACUCGUGGGAGAUGGUGGCGUCCAUGGGUGAUAAACGCAUCAACUUUGGAGUGGGUGUGAUGCUGGGCUUCAUUUUUGUCGUGGGGGGUCACAACGGCGUUUCUCAUUUAUCCAGCAUCGAGCGAUUCGAUCCUCAUCAGAACCAGUGGACGACGUGUCGGCCGAUGAACGAGCCCCGCACAGGAGUCGGGUCUGCUGUGGUGGAUAACUACCUGUAUGUGGUGGGCGGUCACUCGGGCUCCUCGUACCUGAAUACGGUCCAGCGUUACGAUCCAAUCACGGACAGCUGGCACGACUCUAGCGGGAUGAUGUACUGCCGCUGUAACUUCGGCCUCAGUGCCCUUUGACCCCGGGCUCAUGGCUGCCGCUUUUCAAGAGAGGACGAGGGGAAACAUGGCUUCUAUUUCUGCGGCGUGUUUCCGCUCAUCUACGUCACAUUCUGACGAUCACGUGGAGUAUUUAGGACACGCGCGGGGGCGGCGGGACUGCCACACGCCAGCACGGCGCCGAGAGCCUUCCGGAACCCGCAGAGGACGUGGAGCAGCGCGUGUGUGUGAGGCGUUCCUGUACUGCCUCUGAGCACUUUCCCCUUUACGUUUGACAGAUCCAGUCCCGUGUGUGUGUGCGUGCGCGCGUGCACGUGUGUGUACUCUGUGAUAAAGGGCUGCCUCGUGUCUUGUAUAUAGCGUGAGCUGAUAGUAAAUGUGAACGUGUGCUGUACUCAUCUAACUAAUGCACUGACAUACUGAUGAUGACUGUGUGUUGUCUCUGAGAAUCCUCCGUAUCACAUGAAAUAUCUGCCUCAUAUUUCACCCACCGUUCAAGAGAAACAUUCAGAAGGCGUACAGAAUAAAGAAAGUGAAGCUGAGAUGUUUUGCGUUGUGGUAUUGUGUUCAUGUUAUGGCACAAUGCGCAUCCCCCCGCAAAAUUAUUAUUAUUAUUAACCUAAUGAAUACAAUUAUUCUCUGAUUGUUCUGUCAUUUUAUGAUUUAUAUUUAUGAAUUAACUAUAUAACAUCAAGGGAGUACAGCAUAUGGAUUGUUAGGUAAAAAUUUGGAAUAUCAUAAUGAGAAAUCAUGAUGUUCAGCUUCAUGUUCUUUAUACACAAUUUAUUACACGGAUUUAACGUCUUUUCCACGUGGUAGGUCUGCAUUCUCUAAACAUGAGCUAAUCAAAUAUUUCAAAUUCACAUUUCAUGUCCAGUUUUUUUCUCAUGUGUUUAGUAGCCGUGUAAUAAUCGGGACAAUGUACAAGCACUGUUGGGGCUUAUUUCUGCGAUAACAACCGACUGCCUGUACAUUAUCCUAUACGUUAAAGAUUCUUGUGUGUGUGUGGGUUUCCUGUAUGACUGAAGCACACACACAAUGACUGGUGCUAAUUUCAGGAUUCUGUGGUUUUGUGUUUCUCAUAAUGUGACUUUCUCAUCUUUGUUUGUGUUAAAAUGCUUUAAGUAGCAUCACCCAACUGCUCGCCACAAUCUACAUGAGAUUUCUUGCCGUAUAAAUCCAUUAACCCAUUCAUCUUAUUACACGUUUAGUGACGAACAGGUAAAAACUGUCAAACUUAUGUGUUUAAGUCUCAUGAUCUCACCUCACGCCAGUGCCAAAACAUUUCAGCUUUCCAUGCGCAGUCAAUCAGAAGGAGCAUCUCCUGUAUUUUCUGUUUGAUUUCACUUCAGUUUCAUUUAAACGGAGCGUCAGUAGGAAUCGGAAGCGAGUCUAAUAUUCAGUUACAGAUUCCGUUUGAUUCAUUCCUCGGAGAUUCACUGAAUGAAGGAAUCGGAAGAAUUGUGCACUUACAAAACCAUUUUAUACUUUGUAGAUAUGAAUAUUUAUUUUGAAGGCAUUCUGACAAUGCAAUAAUACAAUUUCUCUUUUUUUAUCAUCAAAUUGCCAAGGUGUUUUACUAUCCUGUGACUGAUCGAAUGGCACGUUGAGUCUGCUUUGUUUUUUUUACUGUUUCCCAUCAACAUUUGUUUAUGUCUGUUUUUACAAUGAAUAUGAGUUUAUAUUUAUGUUUAAAGUUUGAUAAAAUCACUUUGAUUGGCUAUGAGAUAUUAAAAUCACGAUCUUUACUUUAUUGUGAUUAUACUGUCAUAUGGCUACACAUUUAAAUGUCAACGGUAAGAUUUCAAAGGUCAAGAAGGAAAAGGUUUGUGUUUGACUAGCAAUAAGAACUGUGUCUUUGUGUCACGGACAUCUGAAGUGAUUCACACUGACCAACAUCUCGUCUGUGUUUGAUUCCACGUGAACAGAAGUCGCACACGUGUGUUCAUUUGCUAUAAGUUGAUCACAUGACUGCAGUCUGUAGUAAUGAAUGAAUGCAUCUCAUGUAAUGAAAUGAUGAUGACAUCACGCUCUUCUAUUGCAAUCCUUCGGUGAUGCUGUCUUCUCAUUUCAACUGAAAUCUAAUGGCCAUAAAUGUAAAGCUGAAAACAUGAAACUGCAAAAUAGUGGAUGUGUUUAAAUGUGUGUUUUAUUGUCCUGACCGUCGCUGCGUUCACCAAAGUGCUUGUUUAUGAAUGAAAGUGUACAAGUUUGACCGUUGUUCACAUUAUGUCUAUGUCGGGUUUUUCUCGUGAGGAAAUCGGUCCGCUUUGUGUCUGGAUUAGAAUGAUUUUUUGAUAAACCUGUGGAUUGUUACUGGAACUAAACCGAUAAUAUUAGCUACAGAUGCACUAUUUGUUUUUUUUUACAUUUAUCAAGCAUCGAGGGAACAUAGCACACCUUUUUGCCAAUUUAUUUAUGUGUUGCAGCUGAUCGAAUCUUAAAUAAAGGCCUGGAAAUGUGA